AUUUGCUAUUUAUGUGUACUUCGACAAAUUAUUUAAAGAAUAUGUAGGGUACAAUUUGGCAUUUAUGGGUGAAAAUUGCGUUUAUGACCAAGAGCUGCAUAACUUGAUACUCUCCUCGGCAUAUGUGACGUCGUUCAACAUAUGUGUGUGUGUGUGUGUCGCCCUUGAUCAUAUGUAAGGACACGUGACAUAUAUGAAGCCCAUUAUCCUUUAUGUAGCCCCUUGUUCAUAUAUGUGAGGCCCUUCAAUAUAUGUAAGGCACGUCAAUAUUUCCGCACCUUAGACACUACAAAGGUGCAUGGUGGGAUUAAAGAGAGUUAAUCGCGCCACCAGCUCUGCGGGUGACAUCCACCACCGGGUGGAUGUCACCCGGGUGACAUACUACAGCAGUCUAAGUACCCAAAACACGUUAAAUUCACACUCAAGCAACAUACCUUUCAUAAUACCAUUUUGUAGAAAACAGUUUACCAAUACAUAAAGAGAAAUAACCCCUAAAUUAAGCGUUCUUAACGAACAAAUAUUUACACGAGUGUUGGGGAGUUUAUUGCCUCUUCAUCAAGGCCGGAUUUGUAUAUAAAAACCUGAGUGGACACCCAUGUUUCUCUCACUCUCCCUCUCAUUCUCCCCCGGUUUUCCUCAGUGAGAGCUCUCAUCACACCCAAGAAACACCAUGAGGUACAGCUUCGUGCUACUGGGUCUCCUGGCCUUCGUGUGUGCCACUUCAGGCUUCACAGUCUAUGGCAAGGACAGGAUGGCUUUAUUUGACGCCCUUCGGAUUAUCAGAAACAAUACCAUUGGAGUGAGUAUUGAAGACAGCAAUGAAUCUAACAGUAAAGAUAUCAAAGACACUAGCAGUGAAGAACUCAAUGGUGUGAAAAAAGAGAGCAGCGAAGAAAACAGUAAAGAAAUCAGUAAAGAACGCAGUGAUGUUGUGAGAAAAGAAAGCAGUGAAGACAGCACCGAAAAAAGCAUUGAAGACAGCACCGAAAAAAGCAUUGAAGACAGCACCGAAAAAAGCAGCGAAGAAAACAGUAAAGAACGCAGUGAUGUUGUGAGAAAAGAAAGCAGUGAAGACAGCACCGAAAAAAGCAUUGAAGACAGCACCGAAAAAAGCAGUGAAGAAAGCAGUGACUUUAGCAACGAAGAGAGCACUGAGCCCCCCAGCGAUGAAAGCCGUGAAUAAAUCGGCAAAGAAGGCAGCGGCCAUGAAAGCAAUGAAGGCAAUGACGUCAGUACCAAACACUCGUGCAUUUACCGUCUACUAAAUGCGUGUCCAUCAACGAAGUCCAAAAACGCAUGUACAUCAACGAAGUCCAAAAAGACAUGUACAUCAACGAAGUCCAAAAAGACAUGUACAUCAACGAAGUCCAAAAAGACAUGUACAUCAACGAAGUCCAAAAAGACAUGCACAUCAACGGUGUAUUUAAGAUAGUUUAUGGUUGCUGUAAGAAUGACAUAGGUGAUGAUUUAUGGUAUUGAUAUUAUUCAAAAAUUAUGUAAAGUGUGUUAGAUAUGUGAAUUAUAUACAUAUAUUUUUUUGUUACAGGAGUUAUUUAAAAUCUCUAAAAGUCACUUAUAGUUUAUUCAUAACUUUCAGAAAAAUUUUCUUGCUGAACUUUGCACAUUAUUCAGUCAAACAUAGUUUAGCUUAACUAGAAAUAUCUUCUCUGAUAAAUUUUCCAAACUAAAAUAAUUUUCAGAACAAAAAUAAUUUUCAAAACAAAAUUCUUUUUCUAAACAAAAAAAUUACUUAAAUUCUCUGCAUCUGAAAUUAUAUUUUGAAGAUACUUCUGAAACAAAAUUAUUUAUACCAAUAAUCAUUUGUUCUAUAAUGUAUAGCCAAGUAAAAAAAAAAUCUAAUAUGUUGUUAAAGGUUAUUGUUCCAAUCAAAUGUAUUUCUCUUUAAAUAUAAGUAUUUGCAAAGGUU